UAGGGAAAUAUAUCGGAAAUAUGGAAUUUUAAUCUGAAAUAGUAUGUGGCAAUUGUUAACGCGGUUUUCAGAUCUUCUUUGAUUUUUUAUAUCUUUUUUUUAUCGCUUGGAUUAAUAGUCGCGAUCGACGGAAACAGUAAAAAUGAUCUCCCGGGAAAACAACGCGAAGAGGGAAUGUAAUGACUCGGUCAUUAUCUCGAUUUAAUACAUCCUUACUGGUACUUGAGGAAAUCACCGACAUUCUGCGCGCCAUUAUGUACAUGCUAAUUUAUUUGCGCUGCCGAAGAUGAAGAUUCAUCGACGGAUAGACCUUGAUCCGUGAUCUCGACGAUGGAAACCAUCGCCACGAAUGACGAGUUUGACGGAUUUGACAGCCGCGAAGGUCUCCGUAAUGGCGUAUUAUUUAUUUCCAAAAAUUGCCAAGUGACGUCACGCCAUUUCUGCUUUCCGUCAAGGCCCACCCACGUGUGAUUUCGAGGCGAUCGGGAAUCGCCGAAUCUGAAACAUCUGAACAAAUGUUGACGAGGUCACUCCUCGCAUCGCAACUUUCCUCGAAGGCGGAAAAUUUACCGACCUCGGAUUAUUCUUGACGUCGGUUCGAUUAAUUAAGUCGUUCUUAAUUUAGAAAUCAUGCGGAAGAAAGCUUGAAAAAUAUGCGUCCUCGCGUAUAGCUGUGGACGAGUCGCGGAAUGUUUGGAAAUGAAAAAUCCUGGAUUUUUACUUGCAGUUAGUGUCAAUUUUGGAAAUGAACAAUCGCCUCCGUAUAGAUUGCCUGAGUUAUGAAAGGGUACCGGUUCCAGUCGAAAUAUUGGGCCCCUUGUAAUUCCCGUUAAGUGCACUUGGGAACCUCAAUGUUCCGACAAUUGGUAAUCCGUUCGGUUUGGGGAAAUUAGUAGGGGCCGGAAAAAUGACCUGUGGGAGGAUUAAACGAAUUACCCCUUCGAGUCUAGGCCUAUAAAUACGAGAACUUCGGGGAGCAGCCCUUAUUUGAAAAUCCACCUCCGAGGUGUCUCAAAGUGCUCGAAAGUGUCUGCAAGUGUUCCACGCAGCUCUCUUUACCGAAUUUAAACUCGAUAAUUAAAUAAUUGUUUAAUUAUUUGAGAUGAAGUUCUUGUUCGCUCUGUUUCUCCUCGCUGUCGUGGAAUCCGCAGUAAUUCUCAGGGAAAAUGAAGUGGACGGAGAACUGCAUCCGGAAAACGAGGAGAAGCAAGGAGAUACCUCCAGGAAAUCCAGGAAACCUCACCACGAGGAAAUAAACAGUGCACAGAGCAUUAGUUUUGGAGCGAGCUCGCCAUUGGGAAAUGUGGGAUUCGAGCAAUCGGAAGUGUUUGGCCACCGAAAACAUCUUGGGCACGGAGGACAUCAGCCCUUGAGACUGGGAUUGGGCCAUGGAUUGGGGGGUGGAUUGGGAGGUGGAUUGGGGGGUCUGGGGGGUCACCUGGGAGGAGGGCUUGGGGGACUCGGUGGGGGAUUCGGGGGUGCAGCAGGGGAUGGGCUGGGGGGUGGACUGGCAGGUGGAUUUGGAGGUCCUCUGGGAGGUGGUUUUGGGGGUGGACUGGGAGGGCCAUUGUCAGGUGGCUUGGCAGGUCCUCUGGGGAUUGGGCUUUCCGGCGGACUGGGUGGUGGCCUGAGAGGAGGCCUAGGUGGAGUUUCCCAGUCCAGUGCUCAAAGCUUCAGCACCAGCAUCAGGGGACCCCAUGGGAGCUUCGACCUGAGCACCAAUCAAGCCAACACUUAUCAGACAAACUGCCAUUUAAUACUUCAGAGCGGGUUAUUAAACUCGCGAGGGGGAACAAAAUGCCCGGGAUGGGAACAAGCGUCUCGCGUCGGCCAACAAUGGCCGAGUGACAAUGAGCGCCCGAACUUGAGGGAUUUUGCGGACCCGCAAAACGGGUGUGCAGAUUUGGGUAUCUCUCGGCGACGAAUCCUUUAUUCUGGGACUGGAUUCCGAGACGGACUCGGUGUUAAUUGUCCAAGCGGUGCAGUCGCCCGUGGAAAAGUGCAGCUUGCAUCGCUCUGCAGGGGAGAUUUUUAUAAUAAUUCGAGAUUUGGCCAUUUCCUUUUUACAGGUCCACCUAGGAGGCAGCGGUCUCCGCAAUUCGGGCUGCUGGAUGCCUCCGAAGAUUACGAUGAUGGCGACAGUUAUGCCAAGCAUGGGUACAAGCACAAAUUGAAACCGCAUCGCAAACCGCAUGGUGGCCUCGGACUUCUUGGGGGUUAUGGCUGUCGUGGUAUCUCCUGUGGAGGAUGGCAGCCGUCGUACGAGGUCCACCCGGUGGCGCAUCCCGAAGGUGGUCACGGAGGCUCCUUCGCCUCGGCGUCCGCGGGCUCCCUCGGCCAACAUGGCGGCUACAAUGGCGGACACAGCGAGGCGAACGCCCAGAGCGCCAGCUUCAGCAUCGGUCCCUACACGGCCACCUUCAGCGCGGCUCAGUCCUUUUCCAAGAACCACCCGGGAUUCGGAGUGUCCGACUACUGAAGAACAGCCGAGAGGAAAGGAGUCAUCGGGAGUAAUUUAUUGUCUCGUCGCCGUCAUCUCUUCGCCCAUUGUGUCGCUGCCAUUUAGUUUAUAAGCGCCG